AGGGAGGAGCAGAAGAGGGAGGGGUGGACACCAGAGAGGAGGGAAAAGGAGGUUGGAGGUAGACCUUGUGAAUGAAACAGAAUCAGAGGUUGGAACAGAAGGGUGUCAAGUGAUCUUACAUCUGCAACCGCCUGCUGAUGAUUCUCAGAUCAAGGAAGAGGAAGGAGUGGAGUUCUACCACCGGUCCAAAUCUCCUUCCCUUAAAGCCCAGGAGGAUGGAGGUCCCAGGCGUGAGCAGGGAAGGCUGCUCAUGGAUGCAGGUAUCCCUGAAUCGUGUCUCCCAGCAUCAUUAGAAGAGUCUUCCGAUGAGCAGAUUGUUUUUGAGCUGGAAUCUGUUACCACAAGCGUGGAGCUGUUGAAAACGGAGGAGGGGAUGGAAGAGGAAGGAUCUGGAGAACAAGGAAGGGGGUCCCGCCGUUGCCGCUCUCCCUCGGUCCUGCUAGAGAGGUUCCUUACGGGAAGAGAGAGGGAAGUGGAAGACACGGCGCAGUGCCAGACUGAGCUGAGAAAUAACAACAGGCUGAUGGAUCACACUCCCCUGGGACUUGGGGUAGAGGGGGAUCUCCAAAGUGGUGCCGAUGGGAUGACGCUAAUGGGGGCUCUGAGGGGUCAGGUGAUUAAGGUAGAGGAGUACUCCUCAGAUUUGAUUCCUUGCCAGAACACUCCACGCGCCACUGCCACCGGGGAGAGAGGAGCUGUGGUUGGUCAGCUGGACCCCUGCGGGCAGCAACCGAGUGAAGUCCGGGUGUUUUUAGUGAAGGAAGAAGAUCCUCUUAUUUUGGACGAACCCCAGGCUUUCCCAGGACAUGGGCACACGCAGUUAGCAGUAGAGGAAAUGGGGCCUGUGAGCAACUCUCACGCAGACCGUGAGGCUACGUCGCUUGAAGACAGAGAGGGGAGAGGAGACGGGGACAGAGAAGAAGCAGCUAGCGUGUCCCCUCUGGUGCUGGAGGCUGGGGUUAGCGGGGAGAGAUGCAUCGUCCUGCGGGUGAAGGAGGAGGAGAGAGAGAUGGCCUUGGAGCCACCACAGAGGGAACACGGUCUCUCGGUCUUGCUGGUAUCAAGGGCGCCGGGACUGGAUCAGCAAGAAGACGCAAGUCAAACCGAAGAAGUGUCGCUGGUAUCAGACCUCCAUCCAGGUCCAUUUGCAGACGGUGGUGGAUUCUGGGUGCCUAUGUCCUCUGGGUGUGAGACAGAGGUGGGUGUCACAACAAUCCAGGAAUGUGAAGAGCAUGUGGAGGAGUCCGUGCAGAUAGGGAGACAACAGAAUGAGCAUGUCCGUACUGCCGAAGGUGAAUUGGACACAGAACAGCGGAACACUCGGGAACUUCUAGAAUUCCUACAGCAGGCAUCUGAUGCGGAAUACUCGGACAGUUCUGAUUCUGAGCCAGAGGGGGAGGCCAUCGCCAUGGCUUGUUGCUAUGAAAGCAGGAACAGAUGCAUCAUUGCCCCAGAUGAAAUGUCCGGUCAAAAACAGGAUCAUGCAAAAUCGAAUAUUUCAGCCCAGAGGAGGCCAGCUGACUCUAUGACUGAAGAACAUGGGGGAGGAGAAGUUCAACAGAAGCAGACCCCCAUUGAAUAUUUCUGCCAGUAUCUGGACUGGGAAACGUGGGAUGAGAUUGCCCGUUGCAACUCUACCUUAUCUGAUACCCUCCACUCAGUCACAGCAAAAGAGGUGGCCCAGUUCGUAGGAAUCCACAUUGCAAUGGGAACAUUGAAGUUCCCUGACACGAAGCUGUACUGGCAGGACCUCACCAAAGUGCCGCUGAUUGCAGAUGCCAUGCCUUCCUCCCGGUUCACCCUGUUGGCACGCAAGCUGAGGCUGGCACACCAAGCUGGGAGCACUGAAACUCCAAGGGACAUGGGCCACAGGGCUGUAACCCAGGACCCAGGCGAUGGAUGUGGAGACAGGGCUAUUGACAAUACAGAGGGGCCCAGGAGCCAGCUCAACACAAGAAACUCCCACACAGGGCCGUCUGGGUCUGCAGUAACUGCAGACAGGUCAGACAUUGCAAGUAGUGUGAGCAAAAUUGACUCACUUGCUCACCACAAUGUACCCAUGCACAGAUUUAAGGAUGUCAAUGAGCAGCAGCCUAGAGACUCACAUCGUAGCUCACACAGUCACAGUCAUUACUCAGGAAGGUGGGUGCAGUCACUAAGUGACACGCAGACUUUGGGGGACACAAGUGAAGCGCGCAGUUUCUCAAGUGCAUACAGCAAUGCACAGAGACACGAGGACUUGCACAACAGCAAGAAUUGCUCCCCAGUCAAUACCGACCUCCUCUGGAAGGUUAGAACUCUUAUAGACAGAGUUCGGGCAGGCUGUCUAGGACUGAAUCGGGAAGGGAACUGUGGAGUUGACCAGUACCCUCUCCCUCUGGGACAUUGCCGAAGGAGUAAGUCCCUCAAAAACACCUGCCCAGCAUUGCAAUGUACUGUCCUGGUCGGUGCUGGUGGUGUUGUCCUUGAUUUUAAUUUGAAUGGGGAUGAAUCCAACAGCGAGAACACACUACAGAGAAUUAUCCCCAGAAAUGAAGAAAAUUGUGAGAGAAUGGUAUUUAUCUGCAAGGAAGAACUCUGUACACCUUCAAUAUUGGAGCGCCUCCUGGUGGCUGGAGUGAGAAGUGCAGGGAAGGUUGGGGGUGUGAGAGGAGCAUUUGGUGAUGAAUUUUUAAGCUCUGACGGGAGACUGACUCUGCUCCGAUGUCAUCAAGGCUUCAUACUCUCCACUCUGAGAAAGAGGCAAGCGCGCCCAUUCUCUCUCAUCAGGGCCGUUGAGAGAGUUCAGAAGGAAGUCCAGCUCAACAGAAAUCUCCAAAAUCUUUACCAUACGCCACUUACAUCCUCCUUUCCAGCAAAAUGGCCAUAUUCUGUCCUGUGGCACCUGACUGAUUUGGCUCUAGUGAACUCGUGGUUGCAGUUCAAACAAGACAACAGUAAUUCACGCGAGUCUCUGAGUCUAAUGGCAUUUCGGUUGGAGGUGGCCAAAGCUUUGAUCCUCUCAAAUGACUCUGUCAUGCCCCAGUCCGCACCUCCACACCCUCCUGCUCCGAAACUACCCAGUCGGGAUGAAGCCGCGCCCCCAGCCCCCGUCUCUGCAGCCCCUCUCCCCGAUGCCACCAUCAGGUAUGAUGGCCUCGGGCACUGGCCAGAGCAGCUGGCUGAGGGGGAGGGGGCCCGGUGUCGGUUCGGAGGCUGUGAACGCACAUCACGGGUACGAUGUCUCAAGUGCUGUGUUUUUCUUUGCAUUUCCCGGAACCACAACUGCUUCCUCAAGUUCCAUAGUCAAGGGGGCAUUUGAGUCUGGCCCAGCUGUCAAUCUCCAUUUAUUUAAAAAAAAAAUCCCCUAGUAUUCACUUUAUCCUGAUAAUGUUGAUCUUCUGUAUCCCCCGAGAAGAUGUCCCACCUGCUCAUCUCUUGCA